GGCUUAGCGCACGGCCCUCUGACCCAUAAUAUAAAAUGACACUUUGUCGGGUCAUUUUCCAAUACUCCUCUCAGCCCAAUUUUUGUCCUUCCUAAACCCCUAGGGCUUUCGCUUCUAGAAACUUCUUUCUUCGAUUCAGGUUAAGACCUCACCGCGAGAAAUAUGGCCAAGCAUCAUCCUGAUUUGAUCAUGUGCCGGAAGCAGCCAGGAAUAGCUAUUGGACGACUUUGUGAGAAAUGUGAUGGAAAGUGUGUGAUUUGUGAUUCAUACGUCCGUCCUUGCACACUUGUCCGAGUUUGUGAUGAAUGCAACUAUGGAUCCUUUCAAGGGCGUUGUGUCAUCUGUGGAGGUGUUGGUAUUUCUGAUGCUUACUAUUGCAAGGAAUGUACUCAGCAGGAGAAAGACAGGGACGGUUGUCCAAAGAUAGUCAAUCUGGGUAGUGCCAAGACCGAUCUGUUUUAUGAACGUAAAAAAUAUGGUUUCAAGAAGAGAUGAGGGUUCGGAUUGUGCUUCUACCCUUUGGUGGAGUUCACUACUAGAGUUUUGUACCUAGUCUUACAAGUGUAGACCAUGUAACUUUCUGCUAGGUUUCGUUGGAUCUUUGCGAUAUGACAUACUGGUGUCAGAAGUGUAACCCAUUGUGAUUUUGUAUUGUGUUAAGGACAUACGACAAAAUGCCAACAUUAAUUGGCUGUUAGAUCCUUAUCGAGCCUGAAGGUUUUACUUCAGUUUCUCCUUUUUAA